AUGUCCCCCUUCAAUACUGGCGAGUCUGCUGCACAGCUCCGCGCGGUGUUGGCACUCCUCGCCACCGCGGUGGAGAAUCUCGCGUGUGAAUGGGAAUCGUCGCCUUCAGGGAAUGGAGUUGUCGAUGCCAAUAUCGAGACUGCUGUCCCCGAUACCAGCACCGUAUCGCAUGCCGAGCACGACGCCGUCAAGACCAUCCUCGCCGCGCUGGGCUCGAUAGAGAGCCUCGUGCUCGACCCGCACACGCGCCUGCUCAACCUAUCCAUGUCGUACCUCAUCGCGCGAGCGUUGCAUGUCGUCGCGGAUCAUCGCGUGGCCGAGUUGCUCACCCUGAACCACAACAAGCCCGAGGCCCGGGGAGUCAGCGCCGAAGACCUCGCGAGGACGACCGGCCUUGAGCAAGGGAAGUUAUGCCGAGUCAUGCGAACAUUGACGUCGCACCAUGUCUUUGAAGAGGUCGAGGAUGGUCGGUUCGCCAACAACCGCAUCUCCCACGCACUUGUUGGAGACGCGGCGUUUCAAGCAAAUAUCCUCCUCAAGGGCCAGCUCCAGUACGCCGCCAGCGAGUGUCUGCCGCAAGUUCUGGCGAACCCUGCUACUCGGAAUAGCUACGACCCGCGGAAAACGGCGUUUCAGCAGGCCGUCGGCACGAAACUGUCCCUGUUCGACUGGAUGAACGAAACGGUGCUUGAGUCGGAGGUGGAUUGGCGGCCACGGAGUCGGCAGAGGCAUCCCCUUGAAGGCGACGAGGAGGGACAGGGGGACGGUGAUGGACAGGACGGACCAUCCAGACCGCACUUAUCCGGCCAGAAGACGGUGCCCCGGCCGGAAAAGAAUCUCUUCAACCUCGCAAUCAGCGGCCAGGUCAGAGGCACUGAAAAGUAUUGCGUGUUGGACUUCCCCUGGGAGGAUCUGCCGAAUGGCGCGACGGUCGUGGAUGUUGGUGGCGGGAUUGGUUCAUUCUGCAUGCAACUCCAUGCGCACCACGCUCAUCUCAACCUCGUCGUCCAAGACAAGCCACAUGUGAUUCAGCAAGGCCUGGCGCUGUGGAAAACCAAACAUCACUCUGCGCUUGUCGAAGGGAGAGUCCACCUAACGCCGCAUGACUUUUUUAAGAAGAACCCCGUGGUGGGCGCCGAGAUCUACUGGUUGCGAUAUAUCAUCCACGACUGGGCCGAUGACGACGCAAUCGCGAUCCUCUCGCGAGUGGCCGACUCCAUGACUCCAACCUCUCGUGUGUUGAUUGCCGAGACGCUGAUGCGCACCACGGUCCCCGCGGACAAAUUCAGGUCAGCGGCGACCCCGUUGCUGGCUAAUUACGGCGUGGCCAUGGCGCCCGCGCACAUGAUGGACCUGAACAUGAUGAUGAUGACGAACGGGCGGGAGAGGACGCCGGCCGAAUUUGACAGGAUCGUGCAGGCGGCUGGGAUGGUGGUGGACAGGGUUUGGGAUUGUCGCGGGCCCUUGAGUAUUGUUGACUGUCGUCUGGCUUGA